AAUAACAGAGGGGAUAGUGAGUCCCCUUGGAAAAUGCCUCUUCUAAUGCUAACCUGUCCAAGUGUCUCACCAUUGAUUGUUAACUGUGUACUCCACAUGCUCAUUGCUUUUUAAACAAAUAUCUGAAUGUUUUUGCUGACACCAGUUGUUUCUAAACAUUUUAGUAUCCAUGUGUGAGGCAAUGAAUCAAAGGCUUUCUUGUAGUCAAUCCAUGCAACACUUAGAUUUGUUUUUCUUCUCUUGCAAUUUUCUAAAACAUUUUGUCAAUCAGCAGCUGGUCUUUUGUGCCUCGGGUGUUCGGGCAAUUUCCUUUAUGUUCAAUUGGAAGCUGUUUGUUAGUUAAUAAGUGUUGCAUCACUUCAUCUGCUAUUAUUCCAGUUAAUAAUUUGAACAUGGUUGGCAGGCAGGUGAUCGGUCUAUAAUUACUUGGAACUGCACCUUUUGCUGGGUCUUUCAUGAUGAGAUGAGUUUUCCCAGUUGUUAGCCAUUGUUCAACAUCACUGCCUUGGAAAAUGUGAUUGAACUGUUUUGAUAGUUGUUUAUGAAGGCUUGUUAGGUGUUUAAGCCAAAAACCGUGCAGUUCAUCAUCGCCUGGAGCAGUCCAAUUUUUAAUUUUCUUUGCUCUUUCACUUAUUAAUUCUGGUGUUAUUAUUAGAUCUUGCAUUUGUUGGUUACAUUUUUUGACCUCUUUCAUCCAGCCUGCUUUUUUAUUAUAACCUAUUGGGUUGUCCCAUAAUUUCCCCCAGAAUUGCACUGUUUCUUCUUUAUUUGGUGUUUCUACGUUUCUUGCAGUUUCUCCUUCUAUGCUUUGGUAGAAACGUCUCUGAUUCGACUGGAAUUGGAGAUUCUGCCUGUGUUGUGUAAUUCUGGCUUCAUAUCUGCAAAUCUUCUUUGACACUGCUGUUAUUUGCUGCUUUAUUAUUUCCAGGACUUCUCUCAUUUUCCUUGAAUCUAGGUGGUAUUUUUGGAUUAGAUACUGUUUGGUGUUUUCAUUCUUCAGCUUCUUGUCUUUUAUAUCUUUCAAUUUACUAGCAUCUGAUCUAAGCCUGGAGAUUUUAUUUUCUAAUCUAAUCUUCCAUUUAGGUGAUGUACUGCUUUCUUUUUUUACACGUCCACUGAUCUUAUAUCCGAGCUCUUGUGUUGUUAUUGUUGCUGCACUGUACAUUAGUUGGUUUGUUUCUUGCAAAUUAUUGGUUGUUAUUUCUGCAAGUGCAGCAUUGACAUCUGUUAAUGCCUGAGCAAGUUGUUUUUUGGCAACUGUUUUUAGAGCUGGAAGUCGAACCCUGGUGGAUGUUUGGUUCAUGUGCUCAGUUAUUUUUUGCUUGAGUUCUUGUUGCUUUUCUGUUAAAUGGCAUUUGGGUUUUUGAGGUGAAGGCAAAGGGGCGGUUGCCUGGUUUUGAUUUUGAAACAGUUCAGCAACAGUGGCAUCCUCGAUUUCCAACACCUCCUCCAUCUGCGCCUGAGCAACUGCUUCAGUUGGUGGUAAUUCUUCUUCCAUAUCUGGAGCCUGUGUUGCUCUUUGCAGUUCUUCCAGCUCAACUCCUGUGAAUACUUUAUUUCUUAUUAUGAAUCUUCUCUGGUCUGCUAGCCUUUGUUCUGUUAUUUCUGUAUCUGGAGGCUUCUCUUUCCAAAUAUGGUACAUUCUUUUUAAAUAACCUCUUCUAGUGGGACUAGACUUGUAAUAGCAGAUCAUUAUUUCCUUGUUGGCAUUAUUAUUAUUAUUAUUAUUAUUAUUAUUAUUAUUAUUAUUAUUUUAUGAUGAAAGUGGCCCGUCCUGCCUGGCCUUUUAGGUAGGCUAGGGAGGGGCCAUUGAAGAGCCCCUUAUGUCCGCCACACAGCUGAUAAGCACCAGGUUUGGGGUGGGGGUGAUAGGGUCCCAUACCCAUCCUGCCCCCGCCCCCCCCCUUGAGGGCCACCUUGCAUAAAACACCCCCAGGCUGCAAUGGACCUUUUCCUCUCUACCAGCUACUGAGACCAAGGCAGGAAGAGCUGGCUGCCUACGGAGGCAUAGCAGCAAUCGUGUUCCUUUUAGACAUCCCCUCGUGGUGGCUGAACUGGGCUCUGGCCUGAACCUGGCUUUGUAAGGGCUACUCCGCCCGGCCCCUCGGCGGCCUCCUCUUGGUACACCCUCACGAUGCUCUCCUCUCUCCUCCUUGCGGCCACUGACUGAUUCUUCCUCCAUCCCAUCCUGGGCCGUCUCUAUGACCGCAGCAGGCUUACUCGCAUGCAGGACCUUCUUUCCCUUCCAGGAAGUCUGAACCCCACUGAGGCAGCUGCUGGCCUCGUAUGGAAGAGCUCAACCUGACGAGUUUCCAGCCGGCCACCUUCCACCUCAUGGGCUUCCCGGGCCUGGAGCAGCUCCACCCUUGGCUCUCCAUCCCUUUCUGCUCCCUCUAUGCUGUGGCCAUCUUGGGAAACUGCACUGUUCUCCUGGUGAUCGUGAAGGACCGGAGCUUGCACAAUAAGCCCAUGCACCUUUUCCUCUCCAUGCUGGCCGUGAGUGAGCUGGGGGUGUCCCUGUCCACCCUCCCCACGGUGCUGAGUGUCUUCUUGUUCGAUGCUUGUGAGAUCGGGAUGGAUGCUUGCCUCGCCCAGAUGUUCAUCAUCCACAGCUUCUCCAUCAUGGACUCCGGAGUUCUUUGGCUCAUGGCCCUCGACCGACUCAUUGCCAUCUAUAGCCCACUGCAGUACACCAACAUCCUCACCAGCUACAGGAUCGCUGCGAUGGGCUCUGGCAUUGCUAUCAGAAGCAUUGUCCUGAUGGGCCCACUGGCUGUUCUCCUGAGGAGGCUGCCAUUCUGCAGACCCAGCGUGCUGGCUCAUCCUUACUGCUUGCACCCCAACCUGAUCCGGCUUCCUUGCGCAGACACCACCAUCAACAGCUGUGCUGGCCUGUUUGUCGUCCUCUCUACUUUUGGGCUUGAUUCCCUCUGUAUAGUCUUGUCUUAUGUUAUGAUCCUGAAGACCGUGCUGAGCAUAGCCUCAAAGGAAGGGCGUCUCAAGGCCCUCAACACCUGUGCCUCUCACCUCUGGGCUGUCUUGGUCUAUUACACCCCAAUGAUGGGCGUGUCUGUGGCUCACAGGUUCGGCACACACGCUUCUCCCCUGCUGCAUUCCCUCAUGGCCCACAUUUACCUGCUGCUCCCUCCUGUAGUCAACCCCAUCAUCUACAGCAUCAAGACCAAGGAGAUCCGCAAAGCCCUCAGCAGGCUUUUAUUUCAGAAAACUUUCUGA